CCUGCAUCGCCUCCAUCGCCUGCCAAUCCUUUCGGGCCACCCAUCUGCUCUCGAGAUCCUUCCUGCACCAUUCAAUAGUUUGAACGACCAUUUGCGCCGAGCCGCCUCCGCUUCCACCUCCGACCUAUACUUCAUCGAUUUUGCGCCAUGGGGGAACAGGGCCACGGUUUGGAUCACUCUCGAGAUCCAUGUCCAUGGGUAGCACUAUCAGACUUUGGAGGUGCUUUUUGUAUGGGUGCGAUAGGAGGAGCAGUAUGGCACGGAGUCAAGGGUUUCAGAAACAGUCCAUAUGGAGAGCGAAGAAUAGGAGCCAUCACGGCGAUAAAGGCUCGCGCUCCAGUUCUCGGCGGAAAUUUUGGCGUCUGGGGUGGCCUGUUCAGCACAUUUGACUGCGCGGUCAAAGGCGUGCGUCAGAAAGAAGACCCUUGGAACGCCAUUGUUGCUGGAGGCUUCACAGGAGGUGCUCUUGCAGUCCGAGGCGGUCCACGAGCGAUUCGAAAUGGUGCCAUCGGUUGCGCUAUCCUCCUAGCAGUCAUCGAAGGUGUAGGCAUUGGAUUUCAGAGAAUGAUGGCAGAAAACACACGAUUAGAGCUCCCCCCUCCACCUCCGAGCAACACAUCAAUGGGCAGCGAGGGUAGAUUAGCGGCAGCUUGACUUUCGCCCCUCGCUGUUCGUGCUGUUGAGAUGGCAGAAUUGGGGCUCAUUUGCGCCUGAGCCACUGGUGCGCUUUGCAUCAAAAGGCGACUCUGCGGCCUUGACGACUAUCAGCUGCCCUCACCCUCAUUUUUGCUUGUUGAAUAGAGGUUCAUCGGGAACAGGCGAGGCGUUAUAUGUACAAGGCAAAGUCUGGGUUUAGCACUUCACACGAAAAGCAUAGCGGAGCAUCAGGUGUUGGAAGAAGGGAGGAAGCCGCUCGAUGAUAUAUGUUCGAAUGGCUCAGGAUCGCACUACACUCUACUGGCUCGAAGCCUUGACGGACGGAACGAAUGUCUCGAGCUUCGCGUUAUCGCAUGUAUGAUUAGAAGGCGAGCAAAGCGAUGUAAUGUUGUCUGUACAUAAGCAUAGAGCACGACACGACUUACACCUU